UUUGCCUCAAAAUAAGGCUGUGCCUUAAUUGUCUGGCAUGUUUUCCUUUCUGAUUAAGCCGUGUCGGCCCUUCUACUGCUUUUUGUAUAGACCGCCGGGCCAGGACAAUGCUCGGAUGCGGUGCCUUCGACGCCUGCUUACUUUUCUGUUGGGCCUGGUCCUGGGAUUUCUUCUCUGGAAGCUGGUGGCUCUGAACUUCAACUUGGGGCGCCUGUUUGCCCACGGACCCACCAACAUCUCCGUCUUCACGAUCUUCGUCCUGCUGACCGGAACGGCCUUCAUGCUCUCCCGUUCAACGCGCACUGUAAUUAUGCUGAUAUUCGUGGCCUUGGUGGGCAAAUCCGGAAGGACAUAUCUGCGGGCAGUGGCCUUUGCCUUCAUAAUAUCGGGACCCAUUGACAACCUGGUGUCGAAUGCAGGUGAAGUGGCGCGGGUUUUCGUCUGCACCACUGUCCUCACUUACAAUCUCUCGAAAACUCGUUUCGAUUUGAUGGCUAAACCGUUUACAAACACUUUGAAGCACAUGCGCGGGGAUGUGGAGGAGAUACGCCAGACUUUUGGUGAGUUGCAUGAGGUCCUGAUAGAUCUCAAAUACGCUGUGGAACACUCGGACAUCGAGGACGAUAAAUACGGUGACCAGCAGACUAGGCCGCUCUUCGAAAGAUGGAGCAGGCAGGCCAGAAAGAUGAACAUAAGUGAAACUGCGGGCAAGGAGCUACCAACUGCCGAAGAAAUUCAGGAGCGUUUUCAGCAGAAUAUGAGGAGCCGCUGCACGCACCAGCUGAAAAGUGGCCAUCGGGUGUGCCUGGAGGUCUUCCGGCAGGGCUAUCGCAAGUGCACCACCAGUUUCCCUCCCCUGAUAGGCAGGGCCAUCUGUUGGCCCUAUCGCGUGGACAUCAUCUGCGAGCUAGAUCUCUUUGGCAAUCCGGAUAGGAUAUGUGACCCCUCCGACGUGGUGCCGCCAAACUUUGGAGAGACCUACUUGGAGCUACUGAGGGCCGAGCAGGAACUCUUCGACAAUAGUUCACACAUAGAGGUCAGCUAUAAGGUGAGGGACAAGGAAAUAGCCAGGAGCAAACUUGAGUCCGCCCAGAGAACAUCGCAGGAAUUUACCAAAGAUUUCGAGCGACGGCGUCGCAGUUUCCACAGAGUUAUGGGUCUGAUCCAGAAGAUACUCUGUUUGUUCAUGCUGCGGAUGGUCUGCUUAUCCAUCAACUACUAUCUGAAGUAUCUGGGUGACGUGGAGUUUGACAACUUUUAUAUAACCGAGUAUUUCAAGCACGUGGACCAACGGUGUAAGAAGCAAGGCACCGAUGCCAUUUUGCCACUGCGCACCUACGAGAAGAACAAAUACAUCGACGUGGACCACAUCUUCGGUCGCACCCACGAGGAGUCCACCACUGUGUUCUUCAGCCUAACCCAGUUCCUGUUGGAAAUCGUCACGGCGGGACUAUUCAUUUUGAUAGACCACAUGGUGGUUGAACUACUGCAGAUUAUUCGAAGGCGAUCGCUGAUCACCUAUCACCAGGAGGGCGAGCAUGAAGUGAGAUUUAAUAUAAGUGGCGUGGGGCAAAUGGCUAGACUGCUGCGCACCACCAUGCACAAUUUCAACAUCCACGAGAGGGUCUCCACUUCGCUGACCAACGAGGAGUGCCUGCCCAAUGCCCACGUCCUGCCCAGGACCUUCUACUACCAGCUGCUACUUCUCUACCUGGCCAUAGUCCUGCUGAUCUACCAGAGCACCACGUUCCUGCGAAUGCGACGUGUGAUCUGCAGCUUCUUCUACUACAAGCGAGAGAAGCAGCGCAUUCUCUAUCUCUACAACCGCAUUCUGCGGAGUAGACUCAAGUCGCUCGAGAAUCUGGUCCACGAUGCCGAGGAUAACUUGGCCUCACAUCGCAUCCAGCAGCAUGUUAAUGUCUGCAUGUGGCUCCGCAUGUCAUGUCCUCGGGCCUUCGGUUGGCUGCGGCACUUUAAGUGCGCCAAACGGAGCUGCAUAAUCUGUCAGGGCUUGGAGGACUCCACUUUCACCAUUUGCCGCUCCUGCGGCUUGCCCUAUUGCGACGAUUGUGCCGAGGACCUCAACAGCGUUUGCCUGCAGUGUGGCACAGUGCUCACAAGGAUACCAGAGGAAUCCGAGAGCAGUGUCGAGGUGUACGCCUACAGGAAGGAAAAGUGAUGUGGGAAAAUCAGAAAUCUUAAGCUUGAUUGUGCUUGUAAAUGCUACAUUUAA